AUGAAGAUCAUGACGCAUCGAUCAAUGGGAAUAUUUAUUUUGCUCGUGUUAAUCUCUGUGAAACCAAAUGGUAUAACCAGUAGUACAACCAGUGAGCACGCAACCCGGCAACACAUGUCAAACAAUCGCAAACCAAACUUCCCGGAGUGCGACAGCUAUAUACCGACGCUGGAGGAAGAACAGCCCAUUGGUACACCGGUAUUGCGCGUAUCUGCCACUGAUCCAGACCCUGGACAAACCAUCGAGUACAGCUUCUUGACCAUGCCUGGUGAGCUACUCCGUUUACGAAUUAACAACAGUACGGGCGAAAUCACCACGGCACACAUCUUCGAUCGCGAUGAGCCAAUUCGCGAGAAAGAGAUCUAUUUCGCCGUGCGUGCCACAGAUAACGGACAACCCCAUCUGGAUGAUAUAUGCACACUUAAGCUAAAAAUUCUGGACAUCGACGACAAUCCGCCGGUGUUCGAUAAGGUGUACUAUGAAGAAUCCAUGAGGAAAAAUUUGAAGAUAAAUGAGCGUGUGGCCACUAUUUCAGCAUCGGACCUGGACGAUGGAGAUAACAGUAUUAUCAAAUACGAAAUCAUACCGACGGCUGCAGACAGCGCAUUUUUCAAUAUCAACGAGAAUAAUGGUGUGCUCACAUUAACUAAACCAAUUGAUCGUAGUCCUGGUGAAUAUUACUCAAUCCGUGUGAGGGCCCGCAAUGUAAUCUUUCACGGUGACACUGUGCACGAUGCAGAGGUUGAUGUGAGGAUACGUGUUAUAGGAACAAAUCAACUACCACCUCAAUUUACAAUGUUCCCAGAUGAAGUCAUUGCAUUGAACGAAACAUUCAAAGACUACUCCAAAUCGUUGGCAGAGUUCGCCGCUAAAUCAAACAUCCCCGAGAAACCCGACGUUGUUUUUGAGCUGAUUCAGGGGCGUGCCGAACAAACGAACUCGAAAAGCACUUUCCUGCUGGAACAGGUCAACAAUACGGCCUCAAUCAAGCUGGGGAAGAUGCUCGAUUAUGAAGCUGUGCCGGAAUAUACUGUCACAGUAAGUGUUAGUAAUUCGCAUGACCUGGUCGCAGAAUUCACAUUGAAAAUCAAUAUACUGGACGAGAACGACGUAAUCCCCGUAUUCAACGAUGGAACGUUGGUAACCAUCCAAGAAAAUGAGCCACCCGGAACUCAUGUAGGGCGGGUACAAGCAUAUGAUCUGGACGGAACAUCUGCCAACAACAUCGUGUCGUACCGGUUCGACGACGAUGAGCAACAAUUGUUUCACAUCGAACGUGAGUCGGGGAUCAUUACAACAUUAGCGACCCUUGAUUACGAAAAAAACGACUAUUACCAGCUAAAGAUAAUUGCAGAAGAUAAUUCGCCAUCAGCGUUGUAUCACAACGGGAAACCGAACAGUAUCUCGCAGCAACUCUUCAUCAAGGUAUUAGAUCAGAACGACAACGAGCCAAAAUUUACAAAGCAACAUUACGUUACGGAGCUUGUACCAGAAGAUGAGAAUAUUAACAUGGCUGUGAUUGAGGUAACUGCACACGACCUAGACACAACUGCACAGAUUACUUACAGCAUUGAAUCGGGUAACGACGGUAACGCUUUCAAAAUAGAUACGAACACUGGCCGUAUCUCGGUAGAUGGUCGACUAGACUAUGAGACAAUCCGUAGCUACCAGUUGAUAGUGCAAGCGGACGAUGGUAUCUUCCAGGACAACGCAACUGUCUCUAUCAAAAUCGAAAAUGUCAACGAUAAUCCGCCACGCUUCAUUGACCUCCGCAAUGUGACGAUUCAAGAAGAAACGAUUCCUCCUGGCUGCAUCAUGACCAUCCAGGCGUUUGAUCCGGACAUCGAGAAUCGAGACGAACCGCAACACAUUCGUUUCUCGUUUGUAAAAGAACAGGAGGACUUGCUGGAGAUCGAUGACACCGGAUGUCUGCGGCUAAGAAAGGCGCUUGAUCGUGAUCCUCCACAAGGAUUUAAGAGCUGGCAAUUUAUUAUCACCGCAACGGAUGAAGAUGGUGCAGGAAAGAAAACGCCGGCUACUGUGAACAUUUUUCUGGAAGAUAUCAACGACAAUGCACCAUAUCUAUCGAACGCAAUGCCUGUUGUGUGGGGAGAGAAUCGCUCCCCGGGAUUGAUAGUGAGGUUGACGGCAGAAGACGUCGAUGAGGCACAGAAUGGUCCACCGUUCCAUUACAGCAUUGAUCCAAAUGCGCCAUACGAGAUUAAAGAACGUUUCCAAGUGCAAGGAGACGAACUAUAUGCGCUGGUGGAAUUUGAUCGAGAGGAGCAGAAAGAAUAUCGAGUACCGAUCAGAAUCAGCGACUCUGGUGAAGAGCCGAUGAGCGACGUCAGUAUACUGCAGUUAGUGAUUGGCGAUGAAAAUGACAACGAGAUGAGGCCAGGCGAAAGUCGUAUCUUCGUUUACAACUACAAGGGCGAAUCUCCAAAUACGGAAGUCGGUCGGGUAUAUGUGGAUGAUCCGGACGACUGGGAUCUACCGGACAAGACGUUCCAGUGGGACGAUGCUACUCGUCAUCAGUCGGUCGACUACUUCGAUCUAAAUCGGGACACAGGCAUGAUCACGAUGCUACAAGGUACACGAGGUGGAGAGUAUGAGCUAAACUUCCAUGUGAUUGAACAGUCCAGCUACUUCCCGCGCCACAACGUCACGGCUAAAGUAAUAGUAACAGUGAAAGAGAUCCCCGAGGAGGCAGUGGAUAAGAGUGGAUCGAUCCGUUUCCAUAACGUAACGGCGGAGGAGUUCGUGUCGCGUACACCUGGCCAACUGACUACACCCAAAGAUCGACUGCAAACGAGCAUUGCGAACACUCUCAACGUGAGUCGCGAGAAUGUGGACGUGUUCACUGUUCUGAAGCGCGACAAUGCCAACGGUACAUUCUUGGAUGUACGGUUUUCAGCCCACGGUAGUCCUUAUUACGCACCUGAGCGACUCAACGGAAUGCUCGGCUAUCGACUCCGACAGCUAGAGGAGGAUGUGGGGCUGUCGGUGUUAAUGGUGGGAAUCGACGAGUGCAUCGAAGAGGGUCGCAACUGUGAACUAUCGUGCAAGAACACACUCUACAAAUCGAACGUCCCGAUCGCAGUUUACACAAACACCAGUUCAUUCGUGGGUGUGAAUGCCUUCGUACAGGCGGAGUGCGUAUGUGAGAUGGCUCCCCCUGCGCUUACAUGUCUAAAUGGAGGCUUCCUGGUAAACGAUCGGUGUUCCUGUCUCGAAGGUUUCGAAGGUCCUCAUUGCGAGAUGCUUAGCAUCGGAUUCUAUGGUAGUGGGUAUGCUCUUUAUCCACCCAUCAGUCCCUGUAACAUGACGCGAAUCAGUCUAGAGCUGUCACCACACCUGGAAGAUGGCUUGGUGAUGUACAUUGGACCGCUUAACUAUAAUCCUCGGUUGCCCGUGCAAGAUUUCUUGGCGCUAGAACUCGUCAAAGGGCUUCCAGUGUUGCUGCUUGACUAUGGCAGCGGCACUAUCCGGAUCGAACAUCGCCAUCGGUUCCCCCAGGGCAAACCAUUUACCGUAGAAAUCGUACUGCAACCACAAACGAUCGAGAUGAUCGUAGACAACUGCAAGUUGUCCACGUGCAUGAGUCUGGAUGCACCGAAAGGACCAAACCGUUUCUUGAACGUAAACGCUCCUCUUCAGCUAGGUGGUGCAGCCGUCAAUUUGGACUAUCUCGGAUCAUUGUUCAACUGGACGUACGUACCACAGGACAAAGGUUUCAGCGGCUGUCUGAGAAACCUCACCAUCAACGAGCGCACGUACGAUCUUGGACUGCCGAGCCUGUCCAAAAAUGCCGAUCAGGGGUAUCAAAGGAUUUUGGCAUCCGCGCAGUUAUUUGGCAUCUAUUCUUACUUGCUGCUCGCUAUUUUCAUCUGUAUCGCUUUGCUGGUUAUACUGCUAGCUGUGAUAAUAAUUCGCAAGAAUCAGGAGGAUGCGCGGUCCGAUAAGGAGACUGAAGAUUUAUACGGCACGGUUAUGGAAUACGAGGAGGAGGGUGGAGGAGAAUUUGACUGUAUCUACAACCUCGACGCGCUUGUUAAGCCUUUCCCCUAUGAAACACAGGACAACAAUUUUCAAGAUGUUGGCGUUCUUCUCGCAAACAAAUUGUAUUGGUGCGAAAAUGAUACUAAUGUCUAUCCGCUCGACGACUUACGUUGCUAUGCUUACGAGGGAGAUGAGGUUUUAUAUCAAUCACUAUCGACUCUUACAACUUACUCCGAUGAGAGCGAGCUCAAGCUGCAACAUCUUCCUACCUUUUCUCAAUUACUUCCUCAAGUGUAUGGCGAGGAAUCAUCCGAUCCUGACGAAUAA